GGGGUCGGAGGGCAGCCCCCCGUUCUGGGACACCCCUCUGAACCAGGGUCUGAGCGUGUUCGUGGGGCUGGCGCUGUGCACCACCAUGCUGGGCUUGGGCUGCACCGUGGAGCUGAGCCAGCUCGGGGGGCAGCUGGGGGGGCCGGUGGGGGUGCUGCUGGCGCUGCUCUGCCAGUUCGUGAUCAUGCCCCUGGUGGCCUUCCUGCUGGCGCUGCUCUUCGCCCUGGACGAGGUGGCCGCGGUGGCCGUGCUGCUGUGCGGCUGCUGCCCCGGGGGGAAUCUCUCCAACCUCAUGUCCCUGCUGGUCAACGGAGACAUGAACCUCAGUAUUAUCAUGACCGCCUCCUCCACCCUGCUGGCCCUGCUGCUGAUGCCUCUGUGCCUGUGGAUAUACAGCCGCGCCUGGAUCAACACGCCCCUGGUGCAGCUCCUGCCCCUGGGGGCCGUGAGUCUGACCCUAUGCAGCACGUUGCUCCCCAUCGGCGUCGGAGUUUUCAUCCGCUACAAGUGCACAAGGGUCGCCGACUUCCUGCUCAAGGUUUCCUUGUGGUCCCUUUUAGUGACUUUGGUGCUUCUUUUCAUUCUGACUGGCACUAUGUUGGGACCUGACCUGCUAGCAAGUAUCCCUGCAUCUGUCUACAUAGUAGCACUCUUGAUGCCCUUAGCAGGUUAUGCCUCAGGAUAUGGCUUAGCUACUUUAUUUCACCUGCCUCCUCAUUGCAAAAGGACAGUGUCUUUGGAAACAGGAUGUCAAAAUGUCCAACUCUGCACAGCUAUACUAAAACUAACCUUUCCACCACAUCUCAUAGGAAGCAUGUAUAUGUUUCCCUUGCUUUAUGCAAUUUUCCAGGCUGCAGAAGCAGGGCUUUUUGUAUUAGUGUACAAGAUGUAUGGAAGAAAGCUCCAUAAACAGGAUACCUUAAAUGAAGAUGAAGACACAGAUAUUUCCUACAAGAAACUGAAAGAGGAGGAAAUGGCAGAUACCUCAUAUGGUACAGUGACUACAGAGGAACACAAUUCUAUUCUAAUGGAGCCUGCACAGACUGCACUGUAGAUGGACAAGUCAGAACAGCAGAAAGGGGAGCUUGAAUUAAUAUUAAUAUGCGUUACAUUUUGGGAACUGGUAAAAGAGGCAGUUAGGAUACUGACCAGCUUCCAUAAAGUACCCAACUACUCCCAGUGUAUAAAAUGACUGUAUGUUUACUAUUGUGCCAGUUGAGAAUAUUUCCUCAAAAAUAUAGCCUUAUGUGUACAAAAAUCAAUAUGACACAAGGAGAUAAGUCUACAUCUUCAAAGGAAGAAGCUCCUUGGUAAAUUAAGGCAGAGAUCUAUACUAGAAACAAAUGAAGAGUUUUGUAGGAAAAAUUCAAUUUGUGUAGUACUGAUGUGAACAAAGGAGCAAAGUAGAUUAUAUUUGUAAAGUGUCGUUCUGUUUCAUUCCUCCUAUUAGUUGUAAAAACAUCCUGUUCGUGACUGAUUAUAAAUGUGUGGAAAAGCUGCAUUCACGCUGUAUUCAUCACUAAUUAAAAGCCUUCCAAAGACAACCAAAAUUAAAAGGAAGUGCAAGUAACGGUCGAGUUUAUCUAGGGAUGUAUCUAGCAACGAUUUAUCUGAAGGGAAGGUACAUCCUCCCUUCGGAAACUACGCGGUCCCUGGCUCGGCUGUCUAGCAGCAGCCAAGGCGCUCACGCGUGCCUUCCUCCUCCAGAGUCACCCCCGAGCGGUGUCUGUCAUGUCUGUCUAUCAGGCCCUUGCUCUUCGUUCGCGGCACAGCCCCUGCGUGCUCCCGCGGGGACGUCGCCAGUCAAUCAAUGUGCCCGGUCGGCUCCACGCCACGGAGGAGAAAAGGCUCCCGCCUCGGUGCCCACUGACGCCGCGCGGAGUCCGGGCCCCGCAGGGCGGUGCUGAAGCAGGUAACAGGCUUCCCGCCCGUCUCUGCCACGUGCCUCGCACCCUGGGCUCUGCUCCUCCCGCCCAACCACCCAC